CAUGGUCUCCCUUUCUCUGCACUCUGCAGAGAAAACCCAGACCCAAAACUCCCAAAGAAGGGAAAAAAUGGCUCCCAAGAAGAAGCCACAGAGAAGCAGCGGCAACAACAAAGCAUCCUCUUCGAAAUCAAAAUCAUCUUCUAAUUCCGGUCCAAGGCUCCAGAUUUCAGCCGAGAACGAGAACCGCCUACGCCGUCUCCUACUCAACUCCGCAACCACUCCGCCUCUACAAACCACCGUUACUGAUAACACUAACUCUCUCUCUAAAGCACAAAAAGCUAAAAAGCUUAAGAUUAUUUAUGAGAAACUCUCCUGUGAAGGCUUCUCUAAUGAUCAUAUUGAACUCGCUCUUUCUUCUCUCAAGGAUAAUGCGACAUUUGAGACCGCGCUUGAUUGGUUAUGCUUGAAUUUGGCUGGAAAUGAGCUUCCUUUGAAGUUCUCUGGCGGAACUUCUCUCAAUUCCGAUCGAGGGGCUGUCAGUGUGGUAUCGACUGCCAGGGAAGGUUGGGUUCCUUAUGUGGAUUCGUCUAGAAGGGUUGAGGGUGAGGAGGAGGAGCAGCGAGUUUUGGUUAGAACCAAGGCGCGGUGGGAUGAGGAGGAUGGUGAUGGUAAUGUUCUUGAUUUCCGCCAACCGUCGCAAGCGGAUUGGAUUAGGCAGUAUGUAGAGCAACAGGAAGAGGAGGAAUCUAAAACUUGGGAAGAUGAUUCAGUUGAUGGAAGUUUCACCAACAAGGAUCCACAACCAAGAACUUGUGAUGUUAUUGCCAAAGAGUACCAUGCAGUGCGUUUGGAAGCUACAAAGGCCAAGGAAAAAGGGGACAAGAAGAGCCAAGAACAGGCAGGCCAUGCUAUCCGCAAACUCAAGCAAGAAAUGUCUGCUCUAGGAUUAUCACUUGAUCUCUUGGAACAAGAUUUUGGGCAUCAGCAUGUUUCUGAGGACAUGUUUUCUACUUCCACUCCUUGUGAGCACCUUGAGGCAAUAACAUCAUUGGACGUGGAAGGUGAUUCCACCAUUGUUGAAUCAAUAGUUGAUGAAAAUGAUUUGGAAAGUUCAAGCUCCAUUGGUUUUCCAUUGAAUCCUGUUCCCUCUAGUGUGCCCCCUGAGGGAGAAUUUGUCUCGGAAGAAUCGGAAGAUGUGGAGAUUGGCGACUUCUUCAUAGAUGAUACAUUGUCUAAUGAUGCAUCGUCUAAUGAUGCUUUACCUCCUGGAAUAUUGGAGUUACAGAAGAGGGAAAAAAUGAGAGAGCUGUGUAGUGAGAAGAAUUUAGAGAAAUUAGAAGGUAUUUGGAAGAAGGGGGACCCGCAAAAGAUUCCUAAAGCUGUUCUUCACCAACUAUGUCAAAAAUCAGGCUGGGAAGCUCCAAAAUUCAAUAAAGUGCUUGAAAGGGAACUAGGUUUCUCUUAUGCUGUUAGCAUAUUACGCAAAGCUAGUGGGAGGGGCAAGAGCAGAAAAGCUGGGGGGCUUAUCAGCCUUCAACUUCCUGAUCAGGAUGGCACAUUUGAAUCUGCUGAGGAUGCCCAGAACAGAGUUGCAGCAUUUGCUCUUCAUCAACUCUUUCCUGAUCUUCCUAUUCACCUAGCAAUCAUCAACCCGUACUCUUCUCUUGUUUUGCAGUGGAAACAAGGGGAAACAUCAAAAAGAGUGGAAGACAGUGUGGAGGAUCGAAGGGCUGGUUUUGUGGAUCUAUUAUUGAAGGCAGAUGGUUCUAGUUCAUCUGCUGUUGAUGCUACAACUAGUUCUCAAGAAACUUUAAAAAUUACCGAUGUCGAAGAAUCCAAGGAUUCUGGUGCUGAUGCAAAAGUAGAAAGAAAAAAAUAUGCUAAGGAUGCAGAAAGUUCUUAUUUGAGACAGGAGCAAGAGUCUAAAAGGAAAUUGAAGAAAUACAAGGAAAUGCUGUGCACUAGAGCUGCACUUCCUAUUGCUGGAUUGAAGGUUGAUAUUUUACAAAUGCUGAAGGAGAAUGAUGUUCUUGUUGUUUGUGGAGAAACAGGUUCUGGAAAGACGACUCAGGUCCCACAAUUUAUACUGGAUGACAUGAUUGAGUCAGGUCAUGGUGGAAACUGUAACAUUAUAUGCACACAACCAAGAAGAAUAGCGGCUAUAUCUGUCGCUGAAAGAGUUGCUGAUGAGCGUUGUGAACCUUCUCCUGGUGCAGUUGGUUCUUUGGUUGGCUAUCAAGUUCGGCUUGAUAGCGCAAGGAAUGAAAAAACAAAACUUCUCUUUUGUACAACAGGCAUUCUUCUAAGGAAGCUUGCGGGGGAUAGGAGUUUGAGUGGAAUAACACAUGUCAUAGUUGAUGAAGUGCAUGAACGAUCUCUUUUGGGUGAUUUUCUACUCAUUGUUUUGAAGAACCUGAUUGAGAAGCAAUCUUCACAAGACACACCAAAACUUAAAGUUAUUCUUAUGUCUGCCACAGUAGAUUCAAAUUUAUUUUCGAGGUACUUUGGACAAUGCCCUGUACUUACUGCUCAAGGCCGUACACAUCCCGUGACAAAUUACUUUCUUGAGGAUAUAUAUGAAUACAUCAAUUAUAACCUGGCUUCAGAUGCUCCAGCUGCUUUAAGAUACGAAACAUCUGCAUUUGAUAAGAGUGGUCCUGUAGAUAACCACAGAGGGAAGAAGAAUCUAGUUUUAUCUGCAUGGGGUGAUGAUUCUCAGCUUUCAGAAGACUGUAUUAACCCCCAUUAUAUUUCAACUAGCUACCAAACUUACAGUGAGCAAACACAAAAGAAUUUGAAAAGAUUGAAUGAAGAAAUCAUUGAUUAUGACCUUCUUGAAGACUUGAUGUGUUAUGUUGAUGAAACAUGUGGUGAGGGUGCCAUACUCAUCUUUUUGCCUGGCGUGUCUGAAAUUUAUAUGCUACUCGAUAGGUUGGUUGCUUCUUAUCGAUUUGGAGGACCAUCUUCUGAUUGGGUUCUUCCUUUGCAUUCAUCUAUAGCAUCAAAGGACCAAAAAAAGGUGUUUCUAUGGCCUCCUGAAAACAUACGCAAGGUUAUUAUAGCCACCAACAUUGCAGAGACAAGUUUAACAAUAGAUGAUGUCGUAUAUGUGAUUGAUUGUGGAAAACACAAGGAAAAUCGUUAUAAUCCUCAGAAGAAAUUGACAAGCAUGGUUGAAGAUUGGAUAUCUCAAGCAAAUGCAAGGCAGCGCCGAGGGAGAGCUGGACGAGUAAAACCUGGAAUUUGCUUUUGCUUGUACACACGCCACAGAUUUGAAAAGCUCAUGCGUCCUUAUCAGGUUCCCGAGAUGCUUCGGAUGCCAUUAGUGGAGCUUUCUCUGCAAAUUAAAUUACUUUCUCUGGGACACAUAAAGCCAUUUUUAUCCAAGGCUUUAGAACCUCCAAGGGAGGAGGCUAUGACUUCUGCAAUUUCACUGUUAUAUGAGGUUGGAGCUUUAGAAGGGGAUGAACAAUUGACACCUCUUGGACAUCAUUUGGCAAAACUUCCCGUCGAUGUACUGAUUGGAAAGAUGCUGCUUUAUGGUGCAAUAUUUGGUUGCUUAUCACCUAUUCUGUCAAUUUCUGCAUUCCUGAGUUACAAGUCACCUUUUGUGUACCCAAAAGAUGAGAAGCAAAAUGUUGAAAGGGCAAAGCUUGCACUGUUAGCUGACAAGAUAGAUGGCUCAAAUGAUUCAAAUUAUAAUGACAGGCUUUCUGACCACCUCUUAAUGAUGGUUGCAUACAAAAAAUGGGAGAAGAUUUUGACCGAGAGGGGAUUUAAAGCUGCACAGCAAUUUUGUGCUACUUAUUUUUUGAGCAGUUCAGUUAUGCACAUGAUAAGGGACAUGAGGACACAGUUUGGAACACUGCUAGCAGACAUUGGGCUUAUCAGUAUUCCAAAGAGUUAUCAGGUUGGGAGAACGAAGAAAGAGAAUCUUGAUAGUUGGCUGUCUGAAAAAUCACAACCAUUCAACAUGUAUUCACAUCAUUCCUCACUUGUGAAGGCAAUUUUAUGUGCAGGUUUAUACCCCAAUGUUGCUGCAACCGAACUAGGAAUUACUGCAGCAACUCUCAAUGGCCUAAAACAGUCCAGCAGGCCUGGAAAAAAGGAUCAUCCAAUAUGGUACGAUGGAAGAAGAGAGGUUCACAUACACCCUUCUUCGGUCAACUGUAACAUGAAAGCAUUUCCGCACCCAUUUCUUGUGUUCCUUGAAAAGGUUGAGACCAACAAAGUAUUUCUGCGAGAUACUACUAUUAUAUCUCCCUUCUCUAUCUUGCUCUUUGGUGGCGAAAUUAACAUUCAACACCAGACUGGUCUUCUGACGAUAGAUGGAUGGCUAAAGCUGAAAGCUUCAGCCCAAUAUGCUGUCUUAUUUAAAGAACUCCGAUCAACACUUCAUGCUCUAUUGAAGGAGCUGAUUCGAAAGCCAGAGAAUGCAACUCUUGUGGAUAAUGAGGUCGUCAAAUCCAUGAUUCAGCUGUUGUUAGAUGAAGACAAACCCCAAACAUGAAGUCGUGAGCAUCUUUAGCUAGCUGUCGUACUAUAAAUCAUUUGAUAUUGAAGAAAAAAUGUGCUGCUUUAUUUUAUAUAGAUCAAAACAUGUAGAUUCAAUUUUAUUUA